AAUAUUAGGAAGGUGUUCCUAAUGUUUGUAUACUCAGUGUACAUCCGUUUCUGAGACCGCAUGGCAAAGCGAGCCACAAAUUGGAAAAAUCCUAAACAUGCGACACACUGCACGCAUCGCAGCCUUGUCUGGCAGAUGAGUCACAGCGGUGCGGAUUGCCUCCCACUGAAAUGAAUUAACUUCCUCCAGACCGCAUACAAAGAAACCACAGUUGGCUUGCUUGCAGUCGGCCUGCCCUGUUCUGGUAAUGACAGCAGAGCACUGCUCAACGUUCAACCUGUCUUCCAGCUCACUUUCCAUAUAGUGUAUUCUUUUCUUCUGACCUUCAAGAGACUACAGAAGUGCUUUCUUCGAUCUUUUUAGCACCAGCAUGCUGCCAGGACUCACCGGGUGAUCGGUUCCCCUUUCAGGAGAUAUGGCGUCAGGGCUAAACCCAGAGGAAGCCCCUCUGGACGAUGGAGCCAUCCCCUUGGAUAUUGAUAACGUCCACAUGCUACUGCAAGUGGAGCAAGAACAGAUUCAGAAGAGAACCUUCACCAACUGGAUCAAUGCUCAACUAUCUAAGAGGAGCCCUCCCACAACAGUGCUGGACCUGUUCUCUGACCUUAGAGAUGGCGCUCGCCUCCUUGACCUGCUCGAGGUGAUGAGCGGCCAGCGCAUGAAACGGGAGAAGGGCCACGGGUUUUUCCAGCACAGGGGUAACAUUCAGACGGCCUUGGACUUCCUCAAGAAGAAAUCGGUUAAACUGGUGAACAUCAACAUCCCAGACAUCAUCGACGGACGCCCCUCCAUCAUCCUGGGCCUUAUAUGGACCAUCAUCCUCCACUGUCACAUUGAGGAGCUGGCCAGCACACUGUCUUUCAGCUCACGCCACUCUUCCCUGGACUCCCUGGCCAGUCUGGACUCUCGCUCCAGUAGCCCUGCCCUGGGAAGCCCAACCCCGGGUAGUCCUGCCCCUCGCGGGCGAGCUUCGCCCCUCCACACCCGCUUCCGCGUCUCGGCAAAGAAGGCCCUGCUGAUGUGGGUUCGAGACCAGUGCCAAAGAGCUGACUGCUCCCUCAGUGUCAAGGACUUUAAAUGCAGCUGGCGCAGUGGGAUGGCAUUCCUGGGCAUCCUGUGUUCUCUGAGACCAGACCUGGUGGACUUAACUCAGGCCCAGUCUAGAAGCAACCAGCAGAACUUGGAGGAGGCCUUCCGUCUGGCUGAGCAGGAGCUACACAUCCCCCGUCUGCUGGAGCCCCAGGAUGUUGACGUAAAAAACCCGGACGAAAAGUCCAUCAUGACCUACGUGGCCCAAUUCCUGCAGUAUUCCAAUGACCUCCCCACACCACCCGACGAUGAUGACCUGCAGCUGUUCACCCAGGCCCAGCCCCCCUGCCUUUCUCCUAUCAAUCUGCCCUCUCACUUCACCCCUGCCAUCGCUGUCUCUCCCCUGCACCAGGCCUCACCCAAUCGAAGGGCCCGGGAGGUGACCUGCUGGCUACAACGGGCCUAUCAGGAGCUGCUGGAGGUGUGGGCCUCCACGGAGAAAAAAGCCUAUGCAGAGCGGUAUCAGGCAUUCCAGGCAUUUGCGGUCUCCUUCAGUGAGCAGCGACGGCCAGUGAUGCCCCUGUUGGGAGCCAUGCGACGCUGCCCGGAGCCCAGCGAGGAGCAACGUGCCCUAAGAGCAGCCUGGGACUGCCUGGAAGAGAAGCUGCGACAGUGUAAGGCUGAGCUGGAUACGUAUCUCCCUGCGCCAAUGGACUUUGUCGGGGCAUGGCUUCACCGUAUGGAGGCAGUACUAUCUGAAGAGGGAGGAAAUGCUCAGGACCACGCCUGUGCUGCCAAAGAAGCUCGAGCCAAACAGGAAAAACUCAAGAAUUCAAUGGUUGAGUUGAGCAGCCACCUCAACAUCCUUCACACGUUCUGCAACCAGGCUGAGACCGGUGCUGUACUCGUGCCUGUGGAGAAGUUAGACGAAAUCAAGAGACGUUUCACCAACGCCCGUGUCACGGCUAAGUACCACGGGAUCAAACUGGAAUACCGGGAGCACCGGCACACCGUCCUGGAUCUAUUGGCUCGAAUUGGUGCCAAGUUACGCUCCUGGAAAGGGCCCUACAGCUCUCAGGAUGCAGUGCGUCUGCUCCUACAGGACUGGCAUGACACAGUGGAUCGCCAAUGCCUAGUUUCUCAUCUGGUGGAUGCCCUCCAAAAAUUGAAACAGACAGCCAGCACUUACACAAGCAAGGCAGCUCUGGGUGAGGAUGCCCAGCUUGUCAGUAGGCAGGUGAAGGAGGCAGAGAGUGACACGGCCACGAGCACAGAGGAAGUGGCGUUAGUGAAAGGCACCAUGGGACGUGUGUUGAGUACCUGGGAGGCCUACAGCAAGAAUCUCCCCCCCCUACAGACGUGGCUGGCUCAGGAGUCCUCUGGGACAGAGGGGACAUCCCAGCAGGUGUCCCAGUGGAGCACCCUGCAGGCCUACCUGAACGAGGUGGGUAACUUCCUCAUCGAGGUCACAGACCCAUCUACCAGCAAAGCCCUGGUAGCUGAACUUAGUAAGCUGAACAUGCAGUGGGCCGCCUACAUGAAGAGGACUAUGUUUGGGGUAUCGAACCAGCCCAGUGCUGGUCCUCUGAGCAUCCAGGCAGUACAGGCUCUGGCCCAAGAGGCAGGCUGGGUGCUGAGGGAGCGCCUAGAGGUGGAGUCUGUCCCACUGAAAGCCUACAAGAAGAGGGUGCAGCUUUUGAGUAAGAAGAUAAUGGAGGUGGAUUUGGAUUCUCUCAGCCCAUCCCCAGACUUCCCUGUGGACAAAGUGGAAAAACUCAAACAUACACUCCCGGAGGUUUGGCAGGCGCUGGCCAGAGCGGAAAGGACAUGCAGUGAUCUACAGAGGGCCACGUCCAUGUUAGAGGGCCGUUUGGCCGAGCUGAGUCACUGGGGGACCGAAGCCCUGGAGGUUCACCAGCACCUGGAAGAGAGGAAACCUGGAAGAGAGGCCAAAGCACUGAUCUCUCGUGGCCUGCAGCUUGAGGGCCAAGUGGUGACAGAGGGGCAGGACCUGCAAGUCCUGGUGAAGAAAGCACAGACGAACUCCCCUAUUCAGCACCUCAAUGCAGCUGCUUUGGAAGACAGAGUCACAGAAGCGGUUGCUCAGGCUCAGGAAAUGGUGGAGAUGCUUAGCUCCCUGGGGUCAAGGCGAGCUCGGGUCCCGGCGGGGGAUGAGCCACCACCCAAGCUGGUAGUCCGCUGGUACUCACUGCCAGAGACCCAGAGGGGUUCAUUUGCAGCGGCCACAGCCAAGAGCAAGAGUGACGCCAAGCUUGCAACUCAGACACCCCCACAUCGGCGGCACACAGAGCCCCAUAGCCCACUGCAAGGGGACUGUCUACCCCAGGACAUCAGCCAGCAGACAGCCAUCAUCAAGGCCCUACCACAAAGUCAAUCUCACACUCAGGCCCCAACACAGCCUCAAGUUGAAGCAUACGCCAAACCCAGUGAAACUCAACCUUUGAAGCAAAGUCACGAAGAGCAAGAGCAGCAGCCUGUGGGUCAAUCUUUGUGCCACAUCCCCAAAUUCAAAGUUAAAGGCCAGCUGAGGACCCAGAAC